AUGAGGGGAACAUUCAUCACGUGGGACCGGGAGACGGGACAACCAUUUCAUAACUUCAUCACAUGGAAGGACAUCCGAUCGGAACAGCUGUGCAACCAAUGGAAUGACUCGAUGCGCAUGAAGUGCCUUAAAAUGGGCGCCAAAUUUGUCCACUUCUUCAGCCGUUCCGAUCGCUUUUUGGCCGCUUCUCUGCUGAGGUUCACCACAGGAAUGGUUGUCAUGAGAUUGGUUUGGGUUCUGCAGAACAUCCCGGAAGUGAGACAGAGGGCCGUCGAGGGGAACGCCCUCUACGGGACGGUCGACACGUACCUCAUAUGGCGACUCACGUCCGGCAAAGUUCACGCCACGGAUCCGUCCAACGCCUGCAUCACCGGCUUCUACGACCCGUUCCUCAUGCGAUGGGGGGAGUGGGCGCUCAAUAUGCUGGACAUCCCGCCGUCGAUACUGCCCACCGUUAUGGACACCAACGGAGACUUCGGCCAAACGAACGCCCAGUUUUUGGGCGCUUCCAUACCGAUCCGGGCGGUGGUGGGCGACCAACAGGCGGCUAUGUUUGGCGAGUGCUGUUUCCGCGAGGGCGACGUCAAGUGCACGUUAGGCACCGGCACUUUCAUCAACAUCAACACCGGUAUCAAACCCUGCGCCUCCUAUAAGGGUUUGUAUCCAAUAAUUGGCUGGAAAUUAGUGAACGAGAAGAAUGCGGUGUAUCUGAUGGAAGGCGCCUCCUAUGACACGGGAACGGCUGUCAAUUGGGCCCAAAAUAUCGGUCUCUUCAAAGACCCGCAAGAGACCAGCGAAUUGGCUGAAAGUGUGUCCAACAGUAAUGUCUGUUUCAUUCCGGCCUUUUCGGGUCUUCAGGCGCCCAUCAAUGAUAACACGGCCACCACUGCCUUCAUUGGCAUUAACUCCAGCACAAGUAGGGCUCAAAUGGUUAGAAGUAUAUUAGAGUCGAUUUGUUUUCGUGUGAAACAAAUGUAUGAAAUUGUUUUGGAAGAGCAAACAAAUCUAUUGAUCCGACAAUUCCGUAUCGACGGCGGCGUCUCCAACAACGACUUCGUGGUACAAAUGAUCGCCGACUUGACGGGAAAGAAGGUCGAGCGGGCCCACCAUCGAGAGAUGUCCUCAUUGGGCGCCGCCUUUAUGGCCGGUCUGGCGGUCGGAUUCUGGACCAACACUAAACAUAUCUCUAGUCUUCGCGUAUCGGACAAAGUGUUUCUUCCGAGGAAUAACUGGACGAACACUAACCGCAAUAAGUUCGAGACGUGGGAACGGGCUGUCCAUCGACAAUUGUCGACCGCAGCCAUGGAUCAGCCGUCGAGCGACACGUUCAGCGAAAUGCAAGCAUUCAAGCGAAGACAGACAUCACUUCGGGAACGACUGCAGCGCCGCAAGAAAGAGACGGAAGACAUCCUCACCGGUAGUGGCGUUCAGACGGACCGACAGCCCAUCACUCCAGACCUGCUGUCCUCCAGAGCCGCCGACACGUCGGCCGUCGACUCAACCAAAUACCAGACAAUUGAGAGACAAUUACUGCACUUCUUGUGCGACCAAAGCGUCAAACUUCCCAUCGAUUCCAAUGUCUUGUGCUCUCAUAUCAUCAAAAGCUGCGAUCAAAUCGAUGACCAAAACUGUCACCAAUUGGUCACCGAUUUGUUGCAGAAGUUCUCACUUCAAGACCUGAUUGUUAUGUCUGAGAAUGUGGUGAAGACGUCUAAUGUGACCGUCUAUUCGAUCACAUCAUUAGAUCACUUAAAGCUCACAAACUUUGCCCAAGAAAUGGAUGCCAUCGGUGGUCACCACUUGGCCACCACUGUAGACACAGCUAAUAGUGUGAAACGUGUGAACAAUCUGUGCGGUGACGACAAGAGUGACACAAAAAGGACUAAAAUGGACGACAAAAGCGAUGAUCUGUUGGAAAGUCUGCUCUCUUUGCCGACAAUCAGAGAAAAGCAAAGCAAACAAAUGGGUGAAGAAAUACUGGAUCUGUUGUCGCGGCCGACGGCCAAAGAGCGGUCUCUUGUGGAACAGUUUCGGUCUGUAGGCGGCGCUCAGGUCCAGGAGUUCUGCACUCACGGCACGGCCCAGGAGUGCAGGAAAGCCUCUCAGAGUGACAGCGCCUGCAGUCGACUCCACUUCAAGAAAAUCAUUCAAAAACAUACGGACGAGUCGUUAGGCGACUGCUCUUUCCUCAACACAUGCUUUCACAUGGAUUCGUGUAAAUACGUCCACUAUUUGGUCGACUACUCGACCGCCCGACCCCUCAAACACAAACAAAAGACAGACACCAAUACUGCCAACACUGUCGCCGACACUACCGGCGAAUCCGGUAUCAGUUUAUCGACGAUAGAGAAGCGCUAUAAUCGCAUCCUAUUCCCCGCCCAAUGGAUUAAAUGCGAUCUCAGGUUCUUCGAUAUGAGCACAUUAGGCAAAUUUGCGGUCGUGAUGGCUGACCCGCCCUGGGAUAUACACAUGGAGUUACCGUACGGGACGAUGUCUGACGACGAGAUGCGGAACCUGCAGAUACCGGCGCUCCAGGACGAGGGCAUCAUAUUCCUGUGGGUGACGGGCCGGGCCAUGGAGUUGGGCAGAGAGUGUCUGAGUCUGUGGGGGUACGAGCGGUGCGAUGAGAUAAUAUGGGUGAAGACGAACCAAUUGCAGCGCAUCAUCCGGACGGGAAGGACCGGCCAUUGGCUCAAUCACGGCAAAGAGCACUGUCUGGUGGGCAUCAAAGGCAACCCGCAGGGGGUCAACAGGGGGUUGGACUGCGACGUGAUUGUGGCCGAAGUGCGCGCCACCAGUCAUAAGCCGGACGAGAUAUACGGCAUAAUAGAGCGCCUGAGUCCGGGCACCCGUAAGAUCGAGCUGUUCGGCCGGCAGCACAACACACAACCCAAUUGGUUAACGUUAGGCAAUCAGUUGGAUGGCGUCAGACUCAUAGAGCCGGCGCUCAUCAAACACUACACCGACAAAUACCCCGAUCACGCCAUACACAUCCCUACUUGAAAGUCA